UUCAAAAACAGAAAAAGGGGGCGAGGUGUUUGUUAAAAAAAUACCCUUGCAUCUGCGCUCAAGGCUCUCUAUGCAUGGGGGUCGUUUGAAACCAAGGUUUACACUAUCUGGCAAAACAGAUGCCUAAAAGUCAUUCAGCCCAGCGCUGUCGAGACCUCCCCAACCCAGCAUCUAGAUGCUAGCCCCCGGAGAUUUUAGAAUAUCAAAAAAGAUACCUAAUGUUUAGACACCCCCCAAUACCCUAUGUUUGAACCAAAUGGCUGGUGUUUGAACCACAUGCCUUAGGCUUCAAAGAUAACUUUGAGGCGGUUUUAGCGCGAAAAAAUACGACACCACUAGAGUCCGACGGCUACAAAAGCUAAGCAAAACAGGUCCCCUGUUAGCUUCGUUUUAGCGCAUUUACCCUACAGCAUUCCCCCAGGAAUAGUUAUCGGACGGACCCCGUUAAAAAAGAUCAUCUGGGAAAAACCUCCUCAUGGAUAUUUCUCAAGAUUCUCAAACCUUCACUCAGAUUCUCCGAGAUAUAACUGAACUCGAACCGGCCGUAGGGUCUCCGGAACAAAUUGCUUACAUCCCAACUCCGACCCUGAAUUGUACGGAAAUACAUCCUAGAACGGGUGCCAUAGGGAGUCUACACGGUUUCUGUGAAGGAUAUGCCUACGAGACAAUUGUGCCCUACUCCCAGGAUGUAUUUACACACAAGCCGCAAACAGAGACUUUAAACGGCCUGUCAACUCCCCUGACCCAGGACCGUUGGACGCCCCCUAUUAAACACCAACGGACAAUCAGGGCCCAGAUCCACAGGUCCGCUUCACCCGAACAAUACUACUGGGAGGGUAUUCACGAGACAGCGUUACAAGGACAAGGCUCACAAGCUACAGACCAGGCAGAUGCUAUAAUUAGGGUUGCCCAAAGACAUGUUCCCGAGUUCUCAGAGCUUCUUCAGAACAGCCCUCUUCAAAAAAGCCGAGACUCCUCGCCGGCUUAUAAAGACAUCCAAGAAGCUACACAUCUAGAUCCCGAGGAGGCGCCAAAGACCCCAGUCACCAGAACAGCGAAGCCUGAUGAUUUCAAAGUUUUAAAUGACAUUUCUGAGGUAGACGAUUUGAUGUUCUGUGAAGUGGCCAACCUUAUUGAAGCGGCCAAUUCUGGUGGGGCAACAGCCUCUUGUGAAAUAGACCAAGCCGUGCUUUUCAAGGCUUUUACACAGGGUUUAAAAUCACGAAAGGCUUUACUUCAACGUCGUAUGGGUAUUCUAUUCGAACAUCAAUACAAUCAGGAUGUGUUGUUUUAACAGUAGGGUUAAAACAAGCAAAUACCUCCGUUAAAAAACACAUAUGUAAAAAAACACAAGCACACACAUCCUUAAGUAGAGAAAUGGCGCCCCCUAUAGACCUAAGCGAGACAAUUGAAACCCUCUUAGCGGAAAUCCCUACAGAGCUCCAAGAUAUAAUUAACCAUAUGAAUGAUUCUGGGCUAAUUGACAUAGGGGCUAUAGAUGAAAACCUAUUAUCCCAGAUUCCCUCCGAACUCAUUGAAAUUAUUACACGUAUGAAUGAGUCAGGGUCUGCAGAUGAAAACAGGCUAUCACAGAUACCCGAAUCAAUCAUAUCUUUAAUUACCCAGAUGAACGAGAGCCCUAGGUUUAAUUCUGCACCCCCUACACCUCUAAGCCAUCCUUUAACACCCAUGUUCGAAGAGGAAACCCAAUACGAUGUUUUUGAACAGCUGAACAAAUGUCUAUCAAAUCUGGAGCGGGAAGGUCUUGAUCACAAUGUACAGAACGAGAGCCCUAGGUUUAAUUCUGCACCACCUACACCUCUAAGCCAGCCUUUAACACCCAUGUCUGAAGAGUCUGAAACCCAAUACGAUGUUUUUGAACAGUUGGAGAAUUGUCUAGCAAAUCAGGAUGGGGAUGGUCUUGAUCGCAGUGAACAUGUUUUGUAUCGAAAUAAAUUCCACAAUAUUGAGGUUCGACAGUUUUUCAAUUUCGCAUGGGGGGGUCAGAUUCGGGAAUAUGCUGUGUUUUACGUAAUGCUUAUGGACACUUUGAAUGAACUGGUAGAUAGAGUUAGAGCUUAUAGCCAACCAAGGGAUACCUUACAGUUGGAAAUUUUUGGAGACAGUCUGCAGAGCCGUGUGUCGCUUAUUUUAAAUAGGGGUGAAGCAGAUCUUGAACAAUUUGUUAACCUGCUAGAACGCCUUGUUCAGUCAAAUUUAAACGUGCUAGCAGAUAGGACCCUCGAACUUGUAGUACAAUUAGUCCGGCCACCACAAGGGGGCGGCGGGCAGAGACGUAAACUCGAUAGCCUGAUGCAGUCCGAAAUCAUAAGCAAUAAAAAGGCCUACCUCAUAAUCGUUCACAAUCAUGGUAAUAAGCUAUGCUUUGCCAUAGGUUUGGCCCACUUACUCAGCCCAGGAUGUACAGAGCGCGAAGCGUUACAGAAAGCUCAAGAGCUACAAAAGGCUGUGGGUUUAGGUAUACAGGAGGCUGUGGCUUUCUCCGACAUAGGCAAAUUUGAAAACUUUCUGAAUAUCAAGAUUGUGGUUUUGUACCACAGUAGAGCUAAUGACGCUCUCUUGAAGUUCCAAAAUAUACAAGAGCCACACCCUAAGACUAUGUACUUUUAUGUGCAAAAUGAGCAUUACUAUGCCGUAACUAACAUCACAGCAUUUUUAGGCGCCCCAUAUGUCUGUCCAGCCUGUCAUACCGGCUACACCCGCAAGGGGGGGCACUCGUGCCGUUAUAACUGUUCAGUAUGUCUGGAUAAACAUUGCCCUAUGCAACCGCUAAACUUGACACCCUGUGAGGAUUGUCACCGCACAUGUCGUUCGGCCUACUGUUACGAAAAACACAAAACUGAAACAUGGCACCCCAAGGCCUGUAAAUCUGUAAGCAGUUGUGACAUUAACAAGAAAUGUCCAAAAUGUCAUUGCAAUUACAACCUUAAAAUAGACAGCCCUAAACCCCAUGUUUGUGGAAUUCUACAUUGCCCAAUCUGUAAAGGGCCCUUGAACCCUUUGAUACAGCAAGGCGUGGCGCCCAGUGUCAUUGCUCAAGGGAGUAAAAUCUUAUGUUUUGUUGACCACGCCUUCAAACAGAGAUACAUUGACAGCUUAAGCUUCUUACCCAUGAGAUUGGCUCAAAUGCCAGAGGCCUUGGGUUUUGAAAACUCAGUCAAAGGCUAUUUCCCCCACUUCUUCACAUCUGAGGAGAAUCUACAUUAUAUAGGAGCUUAUCCAGCCCCCGAAAUGUACGGUUGUGAUCAAAGAGCGUGAGAAAUUCAUGACGUGGUACGAGACAGUAAGACAUGGAACUUUUGAUUUUCAUAAAGAGAUAGAAUCAUACUGUGACAAUGACGUGGUUAUACUACGUGAAGGAUGCCUCAGAUUCAGAGAAGAGGUAAUCAAAGAUGCAGGCAUUGACCCCUGGAGCUGUACAACUAUUGCAUCCGCGUGCAUGAAAACCUAUCGUACACACUAUCUAACUCCAGCAUCUAUAGCGAUCCCAUCGCCAGACAACUACCGACGACAAUUCAAGGCCUACUCUAGUGGCUCCAUUCAAUGGUUGGAGUACCUAGCCCAGGAUAAAAAUGUUUUUAUCCAACAUGCUUUGAAUCGGGGGGAGAAGGCUUUUGGGCCUUACCAUGUAGAUGGAUACACACAGAUUGACGGUGUUGAGACAGUGUAUGAGUACAACGGUUGUUUCUUCCACGGUUGUAAAUUAUGCUUUGUCCCCCAGGCCAUGUGUGUCCUAACCCAAAAGACUUUUGGGGAAAUGUACCAAGAGUUUCAAGACAAACUGAAUUCUUUAAAGGCUACAUACGGGUUAAAAGUUGUGGUUUUGUGGGAACACGAAUGGACAGCCCUGAAAAAGGCGGAUCCUCAUGUUCAGGCCUUCCUUACCCAAUAUGACCCUCCAGAGCCCCUGGAACCGAGACAGGCCUUGUUUGGAGGCAGGACCAAUGCUUUGACAUUGCGUUAUGUAGCUCAACCCGACGAGACAAUAGGCUAUGUAGAUUUUACAUCCCUAUAUCCUCAUGUAAUGAGUUCCUCAUGCUAUCCUAUAGGGCAUCCUGAAAUUAUUCACAGCGACUUUGACGAACCCCAAAAUUAUUUUGGUUUAAUCAAAGCGACUGUCUACCCUCCUAGGGGGCUGUUUAUACCGGUGUUGCCUUACAAGGGGUCUAAAGGAAAACUUUUCUUUCCCCUUUGUCGCACAUGCUGUGAAAACAACAACCAGGAAAACCCAUGUGAUCACUCAGAUCAACAAAGAGCCCUGACCGGUGUCUGGGUCACCGUUGAAUUCUCUAAGGCUUUGGAGAAGGGGUAUCGUGUGGCCAAAAUCUUUGAAGUGUGGAACUUUUCCAGGAAAUCAGACACACUUUUUAAAGAGUACAUCAAGACCUUCUUGAGAUGCAAGCAGAUGGCUUCAGGCUAUCCAGCAUCGGUCACAGAUCAAGAAAGUAAAGAGAAGUACAUUCAAGACUACCAUGACAGAGAAGGCAUACUUCUUGACCCUGACAGAAUACAGGUCAACAAAACCAAAAGAAAUGUUUCGAAAUUGUACUUGAACUCCCUUUGGGGGAAGUUAGCGCAGAGAAGCAAUAUGCUAACAACUUCGAUCAUUAAAGACCCGGAAGAAUUUUUGGAAUUUGUUUUUUCGGACCAAUACGAAAUUUCCCAUUUUUCAUUCUUGAGUCAAGACAUUGCCUUGGUGCAAUGGCGUCGCAACCCAAAGUGGGUUCUACCCCCAGGUAAUGUAAAUGUGUUUCUUGCAGCAUUUACCACAGCCUAUGCCCGACUUGAACUGUACACCCUCAUGGAACAGCUUCAGCGGCGGGUUCUUUACCACGACACAGACUCUGUGGUCUAUGUAAGCAAGCCGGGGGAUUGGAACCCCCCACUUAGCAACUAUCUUGGGGGUUUAACUAGUGAACUCGCCGAGGGUGACCAUAUCACAGAAUGGUCCUCAUGUGGGCCCAAAAGCUAUGCUUUUAGGACUAAAGACAAUCACGUGGUGUUGAAAGCCAAAGGCGUGACUCAAAACUACGAAAAUGCCCCGCGUGUAAACUUGGAAUCAAUCACGCGUUUGGUCGACGGGUUCGUAAAUGACAAGAAUAGUGACUUGGAGAUUUUGACCUCCUACAACAAAAUAGUGAGGGAUAAAAAGGGGUUCCAUCUAAGAAACGCCCCACUCACUAAAAGAUUCAGGGUAGUCUAUGACAAGAGACGGCUAUUUCCUGACGGUACCACAUUGCCCUUUGGCUACUGACUUAGGCUACAAGCCCCAGUGUGUCUUAAAGCUUAAGAUAUAAUGACGGCUGUCGAGGAUUUUGACCCCCGUUUAAAACUGCCCUUUUCGGCCUUAAUUGCAGGCCCAUCAAACAGUGGUAAAACUUUUUUUGUAAAAAGUAUUUUAGAGAAUUCUGAACAUGUGUUAUCUCAAAAGCCUGACAAUAUUGUAUGGUGUUAUUCCUGUUACCAACCUCUGUAUGAUGAAUUAUUGAAGACAAUAAAAAUCAAGUUUGUUGAAGGAA